AUGGUUCAGCUUGUAACUCGUUUACUAGCAGCGUUGGGCGCAACCUAUGGCUAUGUCCAUACCCUUUCUGAGUUGAAAGCUCGCCAAAUCAGCGCAAGGCAGCUCUCAGACACCUACGACUACAUCGUUGUCGGAGGUGGUCAGAGCGGCCUCGUCGUCGCGAAUAGGCUGAGUGAAAUUUCCGAAAGGUCCGUCUUGGUCGUCGAAUAUGGUCACUUCGACGACAAUUCUGGCCAAGUGGAGCCCUCAAGCGCCGGCGCCUGGCCACAAAGAAAACUUUUUAACGUCUCCUCUGUCCCACAGCCUGGUUUGAACAACAGAUUAGGAGCCGUAUACGCUGCCGCUGUCGUUGGUGGUGGGUCCACCAUCAAUGGCAUGCUUUUCGACCGUGGUGCAGCAGAAGACUACGAUAUCUGGGAGAGGCUCCGCAAUCCUGGCUGGGGAUGGAAAGGCCUCCUUCCUUACUUCAAGAAGAGUACGACCUUCACUCCGCCUCGCCCUGAGCUUGCUGAAGAGUUUAACAUAACUUGGGACAUCGAGCGAGCGUACGGCAAUGGUCCGAUCCAUGCCAACUUCCCUGACUGGCAAUGGCCAGGAAUUAAGAUCCAGUGGGAGGCCUGGAAGGAACUCGGUAUGCCUGUCAACGUUGAAGGCGCUGCCGGAGACGCGUGGGGCGCUUAUUGGACGCCCUCCGCCACUGAUCCGCAGUACCGCCGCUCGUAUUCGCGAAGUGGAUACUGGGAACCAGCAGCGGAUCGCGAGAACCUCAAGCUGCUAACCACACACAGAGUCAAUGAAGUCCUCUUCGACUCAAACAAGAGGGCCACUGCUGUGACGAUCCAAGAGCGCGGCUCUGAGAACGAUACCCCCAAGAUUACGGUCAAGGCUACUCGAGAAAUUAUCCUGUGCGCUGGUUGGUUACAUACGCCGCAUAUCCUGCAACGAAGUGGAGUGGGCCCCAAGGCUUUGCUCGAAGAAGCCGGCGUUGAGACCCUCGUUGAUCUUCCCGGGGUUGGGUCUAACCUUCAAGACCAUCCGGUUUAUGGAAUUGGAUAUCAACAUCAAACAGAUGUUUUCCCAAACCCUACCUCUAUGUUCCUCAACGCAACAUUCCGAACUUGGGCUGACGAGCAAUGGCAGCAGCGAAAGGGUCCCAGGUCGGUUGGAGUAGGCAACGCGCUGGUCACCGCCCCACUUCCUAUCUUAGACCCCAACUACCGUACGAUCCUCAGGAAAGGGCGGACCCAAAAUGUAGCUGAAUAUUUACCCAAGACCUACUCCGCGCAGCAGGUUGAAGGCUUCAUCGCACAACGUAACAUCCUCCUGGCCUCCUUCGGCAAGAUAAACAACGGCGUCGUCGAGAUACCCUUCUCAGGCAGGGCUGGCGCUUCUCUCGUUUUCAUGAAGCCCCUCAGUCGCGGCACCGUCCUGCUCAACACCACUGACAUUUACGCAGAGCCCAUCAUCGACUUUAAUGCGAAUAUUAAUCCUGUCGACUCGGACAUCAUGGUCGCCACGAUCAAGUAUGUUCGGAAGUGGAUGGCGACGGAGGCAAUGAAACAGCUUACUCCAGUGGAGACCAACCCUGGCACGGGUGUGGCCACCGAUGAACAGCUUGCUGCCUCGCUGAAGGGAUCGAUGGGCGCUGGGGCGGGACACUCGUGCUGCACGGCUGCUAUGGCCCCGAGGGAAUUUUCAGGCGUCGUCUCCCCGGACUUGACAGUGUACGGCGUCACUGGCCUGAGCAUCGCCGAUCUUUCUAUUGUUCCGGUCAUACCUGCUACUCAUACCUGCGCCACCGUCUACGCUAUCGCUGAAAAGGCUGCAGACCUCAUCAAGGCUCGACACGGCCUCAACAUCCCGCUUGCCCCUAUCACACCUCUCAUCAACGUUUGA